CUACUGCCCGUGAAAUUCAAAAAUCUAUAGGUUUGAAAAACGAGUGAUGUACUGCUGUAGCCUUCUUUCCAUCUUCAAUGAUUUUACAUCAAUAUUAUUUAUUUCUCCUUAAAUUCCUAAAGCCAGCAAGCUGUCAAUAGACACUGCGCCGUGUCCCCUGUGAAGGGUACAUCUUACAGUACACGACACUACGGAGGGAUUCUCUCCGAUAUUUUGUCGUUGACCCAGCCUGGCGGCGCAGCCUCAAGAUAAAAAAAAAUCAACCCCAGCUGCACCGCUGCACCGCCGGGAAACCCAACGGUCGCGCUCCCUCAUCACCGCACCCGACACGGAGCGAGAGGAUGGCGCGCCUUGCGCGAGGUAGAAUCCGCUACGAGUGGUAUGAUGAGUGCAUGCAGGUUCUACUGCUUGCUGUGUUGUGCGCGCUAGCUGUAGAGGAGGACAUGUUCCUCGUGAUGGCCAUGUUUGGCGUAGCAAAGCUGGAGACAUGUUUCCUCUCCACUCCCGAGAACUACACUCCGCGAACUCUCCCCAAAUCCCAACCGCCGCCAGCGGCUUCCCGCCCCUAGUACGUGCGCCCAGAGCUACCGUCUCUUCCACCAACAACUGCUGUAACCUCUCCCUUCACGGGCGGGGCACCCGACUAGCUGCUGUUGUGGUCAUCUCCCGUGUGCUUCGAGUGCAGAGUCCAGACAGACCAACCUCGGAGUGUUUUGUUCUCGAUCCCACGAUGAACGCACACGAUCCUAACCGCGGCUUGACGUUCCCCUGUCGCGAUGUACUCCCGGGAGCGUUGUGCUCACGUGUGUGGGUGUGCGGGAAGCUGCGUGCGAGCUUGCCGACUGAGUUGAUACCUUCGUGUGUGUGCGAUGGCGCUCGUGUCAAUUUGUCGUUUUCUCGUGUCAAAAUACCUCAGGUGAAAAUAUUUUGACCACGUUUUAUACCUCAGGUGAAAAUGUGUUGGUUUUCGAAAAUUCUGACCUGUGAUUCUGACAUGAAAAAGUGCGGCGUAACCUCUCGUGUCAAAAUUCUGACGUCUCGUUAGGCCUGACCUCCAUCGGCCGUUUUUUUUUCCUUUUUCGGCCGCUUUUUUUCCUUUUUCGGCCGCCCCAAUUUUUAAUCGGCCACCCCAAUUUUUUUUUCGGCCACCCCAUUUUUUUUUUUCGGCCACCCUAGUGUGUGCCCGUACUAGCCCGUACAGGUAUCCUUUUAACACCCUCUCGUGCAUCCUAUGUUUGUUGCGCAAGAUGGAUCGGGGCUCGUCCAUUUGUCUGUGUUCUUCGGAAGUAAAUAACUCUGUGUCCAGUCGCAGUAAUGCACCGGUUUAUCACUAGUCAUCAUUGAGAAAAAGAGUACUAUUUCAUACCAUACGCCUCCGAAGCCUACUCUUUCGUGUUUCAUCUCUCAUGUCGUCUAUUGCCCGUCGCUCAUGUCCACGUCUACCCCCCCCGCCUCCGCGCUAGCCCC